CUACUUGUCUAUAUAUACAAGCUAAGCACACAAGCUUACACUCAAGCUCACAUUCCACAGCACAGCACAACAAUGGCGGCCACUUAUCUCUUUCCACUUUCCAUUUUCUUCAUAGUGUGCACAGUAGCCAAAGCUACUCACCCCGGCCUCAUUCUCACCGUCGUCAACAACUGCCCCUACACCAUCUGGCCGGCCAUCCAGCCCAACGCCGGCCAUCCCGCCCUCGAGCGCGGCGGCUUCGCCCUCUCCAGCCUCACCCACCGCUCCUUCCCGGCCCCCUCCGCCCACUGGUCCGGCCGCCUCUGGGCCCGCACGGGCUGCAUCUACGCCCACGGCCGCUUCUCCUGCGCCACCGGCGACUGCGGCGGCCGCCUCGAGUGCGGCGGCCUCGGCGGCGCCGCCCCCGCGACCCUAGCCCAGUUCACGCUCCACCACGGCCACGCCGACUUCUCGUCGUACUCCGUCAGCCUGGUGGACGGGUUCAACAUCCCGAUGACGGUGACGCCGCACGAAGGGAAGGGGCAGUGCCCGGUGGUGGGGUGCCGGGCGGAUCUGCUGGCCACGUGCCCGCACGCGCUGCAGGUGCGGGGCCCGCCCCACGGCGGGGUGAUCGGGUGCAAGAGCGGGUGCGCGGCCUUCGGUACCGACGAGCUGUGCUGCCGCAACCACUACAACAGCCCGCAGACUUGCCGGGCGUCGAGCUACUCGGAGUUCUUCAAGCAUGCUUGCCCGGCGACGUUCACCUACGCGCACGAUAGCCCCUCGCUCACUCACGAGUGCUCUGCGCCACGUGAGCUUAAAGUCAUUUUCUGCCAUUGAAAGGACUGUGUACGAUGUUUGGAUCUGACGAAUAUCUGAGUCAUUAAUUUCUAGUUUGUCUUCUUUCUUCGCUUGUAUUUUUAUUAACUGUUGUGAAAAAACAAAGUGAUGGAUGUUUGGGUGUAUGUUUCUCGUGAUGAACGCUAAUGAAGUUUGUUAGUUUUACUUUUUUUGAGAAAUAUAUAUUUAUUUCCUAAUA